AGCAUAUAACAUUGAUAAAGUAGCUGUCGGACCUUGACAAGAUGGCAUCUAAGACUCUAGGCCAUAUAAAAAGAGGGAAACAAUUAAAACAAAGGGACAGCAUAAGGUUUAGUAUCGGUUAAGUUAGAGAAACUCCACAUAAUACAGAAAUAAACUAGGUCGUCGGGACACAUCUUUCAGUAGUUAGUGAAAUCCUUAGAACCACAGCUUAUAGUCAAUCCAAAGAACUGUAACAAUAAAUACUACCAUGGCAAUAUUAAUUGUUUUAGCUAUGUUUGUGUAUUACUGUCAAGGUCAGUAUGUGGCGAUACCAAGUAAUCAUUUUACUGUUCCUGCUUCAGCAUUUCGCCAGGGAGGAACCGUUUCGUUUGUUGGCUCCUCUCUAACAGAUGUGUGCAGAAAACUCAUGGCUUUUGGAGGAAAGGAAGCUUUAUCUGAUGGAAUGGGAGCUGCAGCCAAAUACUUCGCUCAUCAGAAAAUCCCGGGUGCAGUAGCUGGAGGCAACGAUCCACAGAUGCAAUGUUUAUAUCAACAAGCUACAGGAAGUAUGAUGCCAGGCAUGGUAGGAGCCACAGAUCCAGGCAAUAUGUUUGGAGACUACUUUGACACAGUUAUUGAAUAUCCAAUGAUCCUUGAUCCAUGCGCUAAUCCACAAUGUAACGGCAAAGUCAAUCCAACUGUACUUCUGAUGCAAGCGUUCGCCCCUAGGAUGGGAAUGGGCAUGACAGGAAUGGGCGGCAUGACAAGCGGCUUUCCAGGAAUGGGCGGCAUGACAAGCGGCUUUCCUGGAAUGGGCGGCAUGACCGGAACAAGUGGUUUUCCAACAACGAGUAUGGGAAGUAAUCCCAUGUCCUCCAUGUACAACAACAAUCCACUGCUGGCAAUGCUUACUGGGAUGACUAACGCCAAGCAACCUGCAGUUCCCACGACUCCAACGGCUGCACCAACCAAGACACAACAAAGCACUGGAGGUUUUCCUCCACAGUUUGCUCAGAUGAUGCAGAUGUUUCAGAACCCACAAAUGGCUCAGAUGUUCAAACAGUUCAUGAGUUCUCAAGGUGUUCCCAGCUCUGGACCAUCACCCAUGAUGCCAUCAUCCACAGCAAUGCCAGUGGCUAUGACGCCGGACAUGGUCCAGUUGACAAAGUUGUUACAGGAUCCAGAAACCGCUAAGUUGUUAAAACAGUUGCUAAGUGGACAGCUAGGGGAGACAACCACCACACCAACACCAUCUACAACACUUUGCCGAGAGCCUGAGACCACGACAUCUCUCAUGCCUCCAGAAUUUGCUAAAAUGGCGAAACUUUUUGAAAACAAGGAGAUGGCAGAGGUGAUGAAAAAAUUUUUCGGAGGGAUGCAGCCAUUAGAGACAACAACAACGACAACAACGACAACAACUAACAUACCUCUGUGUGUUCACCCUGUAACUGGACCACCACAAGAUCAAGAGUCCACUUCUAACUUACCUCCAGGCAUAGAGAAGAUGAUGGCUAUAUUUAAAAGUCCAGAAGUUUCACAGAUAUUCAAAAAGUUUUUUGGGGGAAUGCAACUUCCCCAAGGGGAUAACUCCACUGCUCUUUUCACUCCGCCCACUCCUCCAACUGUUCCAACUAUACAACCAAUCUUUUUAAAUUCAAGAAAUUCCUCCAAUGUUUAACUUACAAUGGUGCCCAGAUUAUGGCUACUAGUCUCUAGUAACAACUGAGUGACUGCGGGACAUAUUUAUAAAUAGUGAAAUACCAAGUCAAAGUUUGACUCUCGCCUUACUAAGAUUGUUUUCUCAUGAAAUCCACAACGCCUCAAUGGCACCAGGUGUUGUUUUUUUUUUCAAUCUGUGAACAAUUUAUUUUUAUUUUUGUUUAAAAUAGUUUGUGUAUUAGAGUUUUAUUGAACACUGAACGAAGGUCUAUCGAAAUCAAAUCCACAAUUAAAUGUAUUAGUUAUGAUUAAAAUUUUACCAUUCCAAUUCUA